ACUCAGAAACCCGGAGCACGUAGCAACAACCGAGCCAAUGUGCUCCGGCGCGAUCCGUCCUACCUGGCAACAGAAAAAGACGUGAUGACGUCCUCUCCAGAUUGCGUAUUAUGGGAUGUGCGGAAUUAAACAACCCGAAGAGGACACGGGGAAGCCAAAAAUAAUAAAAGAGACAGAAAUAAACGAGGUGCUUGGUGAAUCAUGGAGCUCUCUGCUGUUGGUGAGAGCGUCUUCGCAGCCGAGUCCAUCAUUAAACGGCGAAUCAGACGGGGUCGUUGGGAAUAUCUCGUGAAAUGGAAGGGCUGGUCUCAGAAGUACAGCACUUGGGAGCCGGAGGAAAACAUUCUGGAUGCACGUCUCUUCGCUGCUUUCGAGGAGAGUGAGCGCGAAAGGGAGCUGUUUGGGCCGAAGAAGAGGGGACCGAAACCUGAGACAUUUCUAUUGAAGGCCAAAGCCAAAGAAAAGACGUAUGAAUUUAGAAGAGAGGCUCCCAGAGGGUUCCAGGUUUCUUAUCCCACCCCGGAGCCUGUCAUAAUACCGAGGGCCCGGGAGGGUUUACGUGCCGUGGUUCCCACAAUCUUCCCACCGAGUGCUGUCAACAGAGGGGAAAGUGUCUACAUCCGACCACCAGAGCCAGAGAGGAGGCCAAGAUCGACCCCACCAGCUGCUUUGACAGACCAAGAAGCGGUCCGGUUCCCCAAAAAGAGAGGGCGCAAACCGAAGCUGCGUUUACAUUAUGAUGAGAAAGCUGAUGGAGGCAUCUCAGCAGAGCCAGACACCAAACGGAGCAGGUCACUGGAGGAGCCGGUGUCACACGGUUUGUCCAACAUGUCCCGACGCUUGCUUCAUCACGGAGUGGCGCCGGAUCACAGCCUCAUGCAGCUGACCAGGAGGUUUCAGGAGAAGUCCACGAUAACACCCAAACACAGCAGCAGCAGCAGCAGCAGCAGCGAGCAGAGACACGCAGGAUUGUGUUGCAGCGCGUUCAAUCCAGAUGUGGGUCAGUUGGGACACAGGACUAAAAGUUUGGUGUCUGUUCCUCGGCCCAGCAGCUCUGAGGAACACCGGAGGCAUCAAGUGAAGGAGUGCUGUGAACCUGAUGUCAUCUCCACACAAUCCGAGUCCAUCCAUGAGCAGGCCGCGCGGCCAGCCGAGUCCUGGAGCCCCAGUUUCACCAACCUGGACACUGUGACCGUGACAGAUGUCACCAUGAACCUCUUGACAGUCACCGUCAGAGAGAGCAGCUCGGAUAAAGGCUUUUUCAGAGAGAAACGACGAGUACGUGCUUCGGAUGUAUAGGUCAGAAGACUCUAAUAUGCGUAAAUAAUAGUUUAACAAGCUUCUAACUAACACGCCUACUGUUAUGCUAUAUUUUUUCUAUGUAACUUUCAAACGUGUACAUACAGAUAUUUAAUACGCUGCUGAGAAAAUAAAAAACGAAAGUGCCA